UAAGAAAAUUCGGUCGAUUUUCUGUACUUCUGUCAAAAUGAAUGUUACUUUGGCAAUAAAACAGUACAUAAGUAAGAUGAUAGAAGAGAGUGGACCUGGUAUGAAGGUUCUUCUGAUGGACAAAGAAACGACAAGUAUUGUGAGCAUGGUGUAUGCACAGUCAGAAAUUUUGCAGAAGGAAGUCUAUUUGUUUGAGAGGAUAGACUCUUCAGGUCGAGAGACAAUGAAACAUCUGAAGUGCAUAACAUUUCUCCGGCCUACAAAAGAAAAUGUAGAAUUUCUGGCGCAAGAACUUAGAAUGCCAAAAUAUGGACUGUAUUACAUCUAUUUUAGCAAUGUGAUCAGCAAACAAGAUGUCAAAGUUUUAGCAGAAGCAGAUGACCAAGAAGUGGUGCGAGAAGUCCAGGAAUUCUUUGGUGACUACAUAGCAGUGAAUCCCCACCUGUUUACAUUAAAUAUCCCAGGAUGUUGUCAAGCUCUGAAUUGGUCUCCUGGAUCUUUGUCCAGGACAGUAGAGGGAUUAACAUCAGUGUUACUGUCACUCAAAAAAUGUCCAAUGAUUCGCUAUCAGAACUCCUCAGAAAUGGCUAGGAGACUGGCAGAAAAUGUCAGG